UGCACAAGCAUUUCAUAACAUAAUCAUAUCCAAAAAUUUACAUAUCCAUAACCAGUCUAUUUUACAGUGUGAAGGACGUAACUUUAUCUAAAGUCAUGGUGUUUAUAGUAUUUAUCGUAUUUAUUUGGAUUUUACCUAGUGUUUUGUCUCAGAAAGACUUACAUACUAAUGAUCAGCAGACAUGCGAACCGUUCUGGGCUUUCAUUGUCUGGGACCUCAGCGAGACAAUAGACACAUUUAAUGUACAACGAAAUUUUAUAUUUCAAAUUAUAAAAAGUACACGUGAAGACACAAAUAUACGUUUGGACAUAAUGGACACCAUUUUAAGCAAUGUACUGGAUACGAAAAAAAACAUUUCGGACAACUGGUUUACAAACAUCGGUUUAAAGAUCGCUCAGGUUAAACGUACCGGUUUGGAACGAAAUGUAAUACCAUAUAAACAUUUGAUGGGAGCGGUAUCAAACUUUACAAAUGAAACUGUAACAGCAGCAUUAGAACUGCUCUUUGUUGUGGAUAACAAUUCCAGGAUAGAUAAGGAAGAAAGUACACUGAAGGAACUGAAGAAAUUCAAAACGUUUGUUGCAGUCCGUGGGACAAAGCCACCACCAAAAUUCUGGACAAAUAUCGCCACAGAUCAACAUCACCUGCUUGAACUUAAUGAUAAUAUUGCUGGGGAUAUAGAUGACUUCCUGGACCUUUUAUGUCAUGAUUCCAAAUUGUACUGCAACACGGACGAGUACUGGUCCAGGAAUGGAAAGGCAUGCAAAACAUGUACAUUCAUCUGUGCGAGGAUACCUGCAGAAGAUCCUCCAUACUGUCUCCGGGAGUGUCCUUAUUACAGAGACAGAAACAAAGCUAAUGACCAUUCACAGGGCAGUGGAUGUAACAAUCUUGUCCCCAAAGAUAAAUUGAUCAAUAUGUGUUUUGUUUCCAUGUGGAUAUUGAUGAAACAAUUACUUUGAUAAUGCACGCCUACUCGCGAGUGAGCGCGCGCACACAAAUGCCAAACAAACAAAAAAUACAAAACACAAAAAGACAAAAAACACAACAAGAAACAAAAACAAAAUAGAAAAAGAAAAAGGAAAAGAGAAAAAAAGAAAAACGUGCACUUUUUCUGUAGCCAGUUUAUGGACACCGAAUUUGAUAUGAAGGACAAGCCGGAAAGUCUGUAACAUGAUUCAUAUCAGAUUCGUCCGUACAGAUGUUACACCGAAAGUGCAAAAAAGCAAAGGCAGUUAGUUCGGCUUUAAAUGUACAAGAAAGAGAUAGAAUCAGAAUUUACUUGAAUGUCUGUCUGUUGAAUGUUCACAUUUUCUAAUUUUUUUAUAUUUUUAUAAUAUUUAUAGUGCAGUUAUGUAAAUGAAUGCAAGGCACAUUUUUGUUAUGCAUGUCUGAAAUCUGUACAGAAAAGUUGACAAAAUAUAUAUUCAAUUGAAAGAGCUUUGAUAUAAACACUGCGAAUGUAAAUCCACCAACAUGAAGGUCUGUGACUGUUUCCAAGACAAAAAGAUAGAGAAUACAUAGAAAUAUUGAUAUUCUGUCAUCAUUUAUUAUGCACUUUUCUAUUGAAUGUUUAUUCAUACUGAGUUUCGUAGAUAACAAUAACAAUGAUUGCUUAAUCUAAAAUAGCAGUCACUUGUCCUACUAGAGGACUGUGUACUUCUUCAAUAUGUAAAUGUUUGUUGUAUACUUCUGCGGAGUCUUGGCUGUAAAUAAAUAAAUAAAAAAUA